AUGGACAAAGUGAUUGAGUGCACCUUCAGCAAGUUUGAUGGUGACACCAUGCUGUGUGGUGUGGCUGAUGUGCUGGAGGCAAGGGAUGCCAUACAGAAAGACCUUUACAGGCUUGAGAAGUGGGCCCGUGUCAACCUUAUGAAGUUUAACAAGGCUAAGUGCAAGGUCCUGCACCAGAGUCAGGGCAACCCCAAGCACGAAUGCAGGCUGGGUGGAGAAUGGGUUGUGAAGAUGAGAAAAGAUGUGAAGAAGGCCAGAGUCCUGACUAUUCGCAGACUUACCAGACACAUUGGGAAAUUAAAGUUGAAAAAGGGUUCAGAAGAGCUGAAAUUAAAGAACCAAAAACGAGUUGAGAGAUUAAUAGAAGAAAUCCAUGCCAUGAAGGAAAUAAAGCCAGAUGAAGUUACCAGACUUGCUCUUCGGACAGAAGUUAAUUUUGAAAGUGUCUGCAAAAAGCCAAAUUGUACUGCAGCUGAGCGAGCCACUGCAAGACUUGCCACACACCCAAUAUUGAAACCCAGAUUUAUUGAACUUAAAGCUGCUGUAAAAGCUUUUAAGGAUGCAAGAAAGAGCACAGCUGAAGCCACUCAUUCAAAACAAGCUAAGUCAGAAGAACAGCCUAAAUCAGCACAACAUUUCAGUAGCAAUUUGAAUAACCAAGCUCUUAAACUAGCUCAAAAACAUCAAGGAUGUGAACAAAAACAAAAAAUUAGUAUGAAAAGAGAAACUGACAGGGUGGCUGAAGAACUUCAUGAGAACAAACCUGAGAAGCCUAUGGAAAUGGAGAGAGCAAAUUUUCCAGAAGAAUCUCCAUUUCAGUCAGUAGAAAUGCAAGCAGUCAGUCAAAAUAAAAUAGGUAAGAAACUUGGCUAUCAAAAAAGGAAAGAAAAUAUGAGUAUGAACAAAUUAAGCACAAUAAAAGAAAUAACUAACAAUAAUAGUGACCUGGAACAACCUAAUGAAGAGGAGUACUAUGAUGAUAGUACUGAAGAGAGGUUUUAUAACCAGUCAUCAGAUUCUGACAGUGACAGCAAUGAUGAUUUCUUCAUUGGCAAAGUAAAAAGAAAGAAAAAGACAGCAGCAGCUACUGAUCUCUCUUCAGCAAAAGGAAAGGAUAGACUUCAGAAAAACAUAAUGAAAAAAGAAAAGAACACAGCACCUGGGACAACACAAGAUUUGAUAAUGGAAGAAGAAAAGCCACAUGCAAAAGCAAGCAAGCUAGAAUCAAUGUUCUGCAGUUCUUUGUCUACCUCAAAUCAGAAAUCUCAAAACAGAAGAAGAAAUACUAAAGACCAACCUCUCAAAAAUGGAAGAACAGCACUUCUUAAAAAGGAACCACAGCUCAAGAAGCAAUCAUUUGCAAAAGCUGCAGGUACUACAUACGGCAGUAAGAAAACAUGUUUGGAGCAGCCUCUUCAUCCUUCUUGGGAAGCAAGCAAGAGACGCCGGGAACAAAUGUCUCAAAUUACAGUAUUCCAGGGGAAAAAGAUUAAAUUUGAUGACUUAAACUAA